GCUAUUUUGACUUGUAAAACGUUGGUAUAUCCCUUUUACGUUAUAGUUAAUAAUACAAUCCAUUUUAUGACAUUCAUUGCAUGCAAAUUUGACAAAGAUUCAAGUCAUAUGUAUGAAUUUUCCUUUAAAACGUUUGAUAAGCGAGUGUUUCUUAAUUUUUUAGUACUUUAAUCCGAUUCAGUUCGAAGUUGAGGUUACAUCGGUAAUUCUAUUGUAAUACAAACUGCGUUUUAAAAUUUUAAAGAUCAAGUCUAUUGAUAGAUGAUUGAUAUUGACUUAUACAUUUAAUUUAAUGAAAUACUUAAUAAAAAGAGAAAAAGAUUAUUCUAUAAAUUAAGCGGGCAACACCUUGCUUUUUUGGUGCUAAAAUGAAAAUAAACGUUCAACGUCUUCUGACAUUUUCCGCAACACGUGCAAACAUUUUAUAAGUUCACUUUAGAGUGUCGGUAACCCUAUACAAAUUUCGUACUUGAUUCAUGUUUGAACUUAUUAUUAAUCAAUUUACCAAAUAAACUUUAAACAGAUAGAGAGUAAAUUUUAAAAAUAAAAAUAAACGUACACCACACCUAGCAAAAUUCAAGUGCAUACAUAUUUGCCAUGCGUAUAGAAAAUCUGACGAUCAUUUCCGACAGCUACGAUUUCAGUUCUCUGUCGAGUUGAUAAUGCCUCAAAUUAUGGUCGAAGCUUUUGCAAGAAGUUUAAUCGACAAGAUAAUGCUGGAAGCUUUUGACGUGGUUGAUACAAAUGAUCAAAAAUUGCAAAUGCUGGAUCAUCAACAAGAAUCCGCUGGAAAUCAAUCGCAGAUCACGCGAACAAUGCUACAAAUACAAGAUCGUUUGAGCAUAGAUCACGACGAACCGGAAACCACAGAAUUAAUAGAAAAGAUGGUGCUUGGUUUACGUAAUCUGCAAAUCGGAGAUUCCACUUCCGUGCCCUACCAUAUAUCCAAAUUAGAAAAACAGGUAAAACACGUUGUACGCAACAUUGAAAAUGUUUCACACGCAGCAGAGCCGACCAAUUUUGUGGAAAUGCACACGACUCAGGGUCAGGGUGAUGUGCAUCAAAUAAUGCACGAUGCUGUUAUCGAAACCGCAACAGAUCCAACGUGCACUCGUCUGGAGAAGGAACUUGAAAACUCGAACGAAGCGACUAGAGUAUCUAUCAAUUUACUUUACCAAAUGAUCGAGGAACUUGAAACGAAAAUGGAAGAAUCCGAGCAAAGGAAAGAAGAUGUAUCGGAAACUGUUAGCAAAGAAAAGAUCGAGGUUUGGGAGGAAACGGAAGAACAGUUUAUAAGGAGCAUCGAAAGUAUCGAUGAUCCUGAUCAGAAUAACAUGGAUCUUAUACCCGAGAACGACGUUAGGAGCAACGUAUGUGAUUUUGCGUACGAAGAAAUUACAUCUUCGUUCGUCGCAUCUUCAACGCCUUUCACGAAGAAUGCCUCAUUGGAGGACGUAACAAUCGAGGAAAUUGCGUCCUCGGCCCUAUCUGAUCAGGAGGAAGGUCGUUCGUUGGAAGAUAAAACGUGCAGUAAAACGAAGAAAUUGACUCACAAUGAAACACAAUCGGAAGAUCAGAAGAGAAAGGGUAUUUUAAGUAGAACGCGGAAAUUAUUGCGAACCAUUUUUGGCCGUCGGAAGAAAUGAGUCAAACGUCGGCUCGGCGUUCAAAUUCUUUCCUCGACGGAGUUAUGGAACGAUCGGAUGUACAACAUCUAAAUAUCCACUUGUAAACCUAGUUUUUAAGAGAGAAACGCGCUGGUUGUUCGCGUCGAGUUGAUAAAAAUAACUCCCUAGUUUAGCCAUCAGCUGGCCACGCGUCCGGUAUAGUCUACGUACGCCAAGCUCUUACGAAGUUAUACGAGACGUGAAAUAAAUUCCACGCGUUCCUAGGAACACCGUGGAGGAAAAGAUGUAUCUUAAAAAUUUUAUACAAUACAGUAACUUUUUUGGUAAUCACAUGUAUCUUUGAUUUAUCGAACGAUCGCUGGACGUAAAAGGCGAAGAUCGGUGAUAUUAAGGGCGCGAUGGGUAUACGAGAUCGAAGGCCGUCCAGUGUUUAUUUUUGUUUGUCGCAUGUACUCUGCGUUACAGAUCUGGCAGCCAUGACAUACGAACGGUAU